UAUUCGAAAAUUGGGAAAUAGUUGUAUUAUAGAAAAUAAAGAAAACGACAAAAUGAUACCGAGAGCAUUCCAAUUGCGCGCAGGCCAGUGCAGCAGAAAAGGGUUUUAAUAGUUUUAUUCUCAAAAUUACCCUUUUCAGUUUCAUUCAACUCACUUACUUACUCACUCACUCACUCCCUCUCUGCGCUAUGGACAAACCGCAGGGCUCAAGCGCAGAGCAGGAUCCCAACGACCCGCACCCGACCCGACACGAGGCCGAUCUCCCAUCCGGGCUAACCCGGGAAGAGAUGGAGGACCUCAAGGCCUCCGUGGUCGACCACCACACCUACACGGUGGGGCCGCGCCAAUGCUCCUCCCUCCUGGCGCAGCGAAUCCACGCGCCGCCGCACGCCGUCUGGGCCGUGGUGCGCUGCUUCGACACCCCGCAGGCCUACAAGCACUUCAUCAGGAGCUGCCACGUCAACGAGGGCUUCCAGCUGGUCGUGGGCUGCACCCGCGACGUCACCGUCAUCUCCGGGCUACCGGCUGCCACCAGCACCGAGCGCCUCGACCUCCUCGACGAUGACCGACACGUCAUCGGCUUCACCAUCGUCGGGGGCGACCACCGCCUCCGCAACUACCGCUCCGUCACCUCCGUCCACGGCUUCGACCGCGACGGCAAGAUCUGGACCGUUGUUCUCGAAUCCUACGUUGUCGAUGUCCCCGAGGGGAACACCGAGGAGGACACGCGUCUCUUCGCCGACACCGUUGUCAAGCUUAAUCUCCAGAAGCUCGCGUCUGUCACCGAAGGAACCAACGGCCACGGUGACUCUAGCCUCUAGGUAAGCAACUCAUAGUUCGGUCACCCCUACAAACAAAUGAUUCGGAAAACCUUUUUCUUUUUUUUUUUUUUGGGAGGGGGGCAUUUUUCAUUUUUCUUUUUCUUUCUAUUUUUUUUUCUGAACCUGUUAUUGUUGUUCAUCACUAUUUCAAAUUACCAGCGUAUCCUUUUUGCUUUAAUAGAUUGGCCUGGGUGCCCCUUCUGGUUCUUGGACUCGAUCUUGUUUCACGUGUGAAAUAAAGUGGCGCAUUAAUUUUUUUUAUUAUUUUAAUUUAUUUCAUAGGUCUAAAUCCAAUGCUUGUGGACAUGGAAUGAAAUGCUAACUAGUGGAUGUGGAUUUCCCUCUAAUAUCUACUGUUUGAUUAUGAUUU